AUGUCAUUCAUGUUCUCAACGCAAUUAAACACAACAUCUAGACAAGAAAAAGUAUGUGAUUGGGCAGGGACCAAGAAGAAGACAGAUACCACCUCUAGUAGCACAGAUACUGCCACAACAGCACUAUCACCCGAUGCCUGGAAAGAUGUAUCAUCCAAUAUUAAAAAGAUGGAUUCAAAUUACGAUGCAACAUUUCAUGCAUGGCUGAAAUCAGAAGACAACGUUCUAGUCACAUCGCUUUAUUUGCAUCGUAUUGCAAAUGACUAUCCAUUGGAAAGGAUCAUCAAUGCCUUGGAAUGGCUAUCGGCUGAUUGGCGAUGGGAGAGCACAAGCAUAUUGGUGAGGCAUGUCACAGCAGAUUGGGUAGAUGAAGAAGGCGAUAGAAAGAGAGCUAAGCUCCUGAGAAAAUUAACACGACAAUGGGCAACACACUUUACAGCGACGAUGAUUACCACCAUCCUGAUUUCUGCGCCAUACACCACAUGCAAUAAGAAGCGAGAGAGUUUUAUACAGGAAUUCACCAGAGAUUGGGACUUUUCCAAGUUGUCCGAGUUCUUUAUGUUCUUGAGAAGUAGAGCCAACAUUGAUUACAAAUUCAAAUGCGCCAUGUUACAAGAGGCAGCUAGAAAAGAAGCAGAGGAACAGCCACAUCAAACAACAAGUACCAUCAAAUCAGCAAGACAACAUCAACGCAGAGUAUCAUUUUCUGAUGAAAUGAAGAAGCCAUAUUUAGAGAACACAAUGGCCGGCAAUAGCAGCGGCGCCAACGAUGGUGCCUCUUCGUCCGCACCAGCAUCCUCUUCAACGGCAUCAGCAUCAUCCUCUUCAUCCACUACAACUGCUAAUCUACAAUCAAGAUACAACAAUGAUAGCGACCAAUUGGCAAAUCUAUUAGUUAGAAAGUAG